AUGUCUAAACGCUCCAGAAGCCACUCGAGAUCCCCUUCUCUCGAUGGGACAGGCUCAGUAUCUUCAACUACUGUGAAUCUAGCGACUCCGCCUCCAGAACGCAACAAGUUGCUUGAUAGUGGCCCGAAUAUCCUCCCAGAAGUGAUGCAUUGCUCCUUACCGCCUCACCGCGAGACGCUCUCGUUUGCAUCCUACGAGGACUACGAAGUCCAUUAUCUGCAAGCUCAUGUGAACCGCUGCUCUGAGUGCAGCAAGAACUUUCCUACAGGUCAUUUGCUCAAUCUACAUAUUGAGGAGAACCAUGACCCGCUGGCUGCUGCGAUGCGAGCCCGUGGAGAUAAGACGACUGAAUAG